UAAGAGGUUAUAAUUUUUGUAAACAUUGCAUUUUUUCCUCAUAAUUUUCCGAAUUUUCUCGCAAUGUCACACUUGAACCGCCUGAAUUUGCUGAAAUUUCUCGCAAUUCGCCCCAAUGGCGUCGUUUUGAGUCGAAAUUGCAGCAAGGCAGUGGCAAAAAGUGAUGCAAAAGAGGCAGAAGAGGACAGUGCUCCAGUUGUUCUGAUGCAAGACGAUGAAGAAGACCAAGAAGAACGUCGUAAGAGACUCGAAAAGAUCCGAAACAAGUCCCGGUUGUCGAAAGCUCACAGAAAUUUCUUGAUGGAGCAAGUUCCUUACCCCGACGGACCUGAAUCGUGGAUUCAUCAGACUCUGAAGUACAAACGAGGGUUAUUCGGAAAGUAUGGAUUGGCCAGCGGAAUUGAUCCAAGAAUUUGUUACCCAACUGCCACGGAAAAAGCUGACAAAGAAGAAUAUGAGAGAGUCGCAUAUCCCUUUACUUUGCAAGAAAUGCAACAAGCCAACGCAGAAUCACGAGAAAAAAAGCGACAAAAGAUUAUGCAAAAGGAAGAAACGAUCGCGAAUAAACUUUCCAAGCUGGAUACUUGGUUGGCUGACAUGAACGCACGUAUCGCGAAGAAAGAAGCCGAAGCACGUGAGAUAAAGGAACGCAAAGAGCGUCUCGUUGAGGAAGUCAGACGUCACUUUGGGUACAAAGUCGAUCCGCGUGACGAGAAAUUCAAGGAAAUGUUGGCGCAAAAGGAGAAGGAAGACAAGCGGAUGCGAAAAGAGGCCAGGAAAAAGCAACGCGACGAAAAAGUCAUGGAAAAAUUCCUUAAAAUGGAGAAAAAAGCCGAAGCUAAAAAGGCGCAGGCCAAAGAAGAGGAAGACAGCGACGACGAAAAUGAUCAAAAACCCAAAAAAAGUUAA